AUGAAAACAGACGAUAAAUAUGCAAGAUUAGAUAGUGGUAAUUUAUAUGAUGAUGAUAACGAAUAUUGUAGUGUUGUAACUACUACACCUGAAUUAUCAUCUAUAAAGGAAGGAUAUUGUCCUGUAAAAAGUAGUAGUAAUGUUAUACAAAAUAUUGCAAGUGAUCCAAAUAAAUUCCCAACAAGUUUUCCAUUCAUACUUGGUAAUGAAAUUUGUGAAAGAUUUUCAUUCUAUGGUAUAAAAACAAUUUUAAUAUUAUAUUUAACAAAUUAUAUGGAAUAUAGUGAUGAUAAAUCAACUGUAAUAUUACAUUCAUUUAAUUUUGUUGCUUAUUUAUUUCCAAUAUUAGGUGCAUACAUCGCAGAUGCAAAAAUUGGUAAAUUUAAAACCAUUUUAAUUUUUUCAAUUGUAUAUGUACUUGGUAGUAUAGUUUUAUCAGUAACAUCAAUUGAUGGAGUUGUUGGUGAAAAAGGAAAUAGAUCGCCUAUUGGAAUUAUAAUUGGAUUAGGAUUAAUUGCAAUGGGUACUGGUGCAAUAAAAAGUAAUGUACCAACAUUUGCAGGUGAUCAGUUGAAGAGUAAUCAAGGUAAUUUAUUAGAAAGAUUAUUUCAAAUAUUUUAUUGGUGUAUAAAUUUGGGUAGUUUAGCAUCAACACUUUUAACACCAAUACUUAGAAAAUAUGUUGGAUUUUGGUUAGCAUUUGGUAUACCAUCAUUCCUAUUAAUAUGUUCAACUAUUAUAUUUGUAAUUGGUUCGAAAUUUUAUGUUAAAAGAGCAGUCUCUGAGAGUAUUUUAUGGACAGCUUUGAAAAUUAUGGCAUUUGCAAUUAAGGAGAAAUUUAAAAUACUAAAAUCAAGAUAUAAGAGGAACUCAAGGGGUAUGUUGUAUACGAAUCCUUAUACAUCGAUCAGUGGCACUAAUUGGAUGGACCUUUCGAAAAUUGAAUAUGAUAGUCAAUUGGUUGAUUCGAUAAAGGCGGCUAUGAAUGUACUGUUGGUGUUUAUCCCAUUACCUUUUUUUUGGUGCAUGUUUGAUCAAACUUCCUCGAGAUGGACUAUUCAAGCGGCACAAUUAAACACUUGUCUAUUCAAUAAUGGUAAAAGUGUUUGCAUAGAACCUGAACAAAUUCAAGCACUCAAUCCAUUAUUCAUUAUGGUUUUCAUACCAAUUGUUGAGUUUACAAUCUAUAAACCUUUAAAACAUUUUGGUUUCAAUUUAAAACCAUUAAUUAAAAUGUCAAUUGGUAUGAUCCUUGCUGCAAUUUCAUUUUUAAUUGCCAUGUUUUUACAAAUUUCAAUUGAUAAAUCAAUUAAAAAUAAUAAUAUUAUAAAUAAUAGUAUUAGUAGUAGUGGUGGUGGUAGUAGUUUUAGUAUUGGUAGUGGUAGUGAUAUUAUUGAUAAUAAUGAUAUAAAGAGUAAUUUAUCAGUUUGGUUAUUGUUUCCACAAUAUUUAAUUAUAACGAUUGCAGAGAUAUUAAUAUCGAUACCAGGAUUAGAGUUUGCUUAUGCAAAUGCACCAUCAUCAAUGAAAUCAAUAAUUAUGUCUGGUUGGUUAUUGGCAAUAUCAAUUGGUAAUAUAUUUGUAGUAUUUGUAGUUGAUGGUAUAUCAUUUAGUAAACAGUGGGCUGAAUUUUUAUUCUUUGCAAGUGUUAUGUUAUUCUUUACUUUUAUAUUCAUAAUUUUAUCAUACAGAUUUAAACCAACUGAUAUAUCUGUAACACAAUAUUCUGAUGAUCUUACCCAUUUAAAAGAAUCUUUAUCAAAUUCAAUGUUUUUCAGUGGUGGUAAUAAUAAUAAUAACAGUAAUAAUAAUAAUAAUAAUAAUAGUGAUACAAAUAGUGAUUAUAAUAGUAAUAAUAACAAUAAUAAUUUUGGUGUAACGAUAUUAACUGACCAAGAUAAUUUAUAUGAUGAAGAUUAUGGAUCUAUAGAGUUGGAAAAUAAUUUAAUUUAA